AUGGCGUAUUACGGACCGCCUUUCACUGCUCCGUCCACCCCAAGGCAGGGACGGCGUUAUCUUCUUCCCCACCAUGUCAGACGCCGGCAGACUGGGGAGACAGUCUAUACCGUCCUCCUCCAUAUAGCAUACAAUGGGGCCAAUCAUUGCAGCAUAUGUGGUCUCCGGAUUGUCAGAAGGGGAGAGUAUAAUGUUGUCGGGAGGCACCUUCCCUACCGCACUAUGAACAUCACAAACACCGCAGAUGAAGACCGUCUCGACUGCUAUGAUCUUACCGUCUAUCGACAGGCAGGUUCGAUAGACGAGCGUGUCUUGAUCAUGCCAGUGGAACAGGUGACUGGAUAUCUUCGCGCCGUUGCCGACCCGGAUCGCUGGGGCACUUUCCGCUUUAGUUCCUCGGACACACCCAUAGUCAUAUUCAACCCAGUCACAAAGUGGUGGGACGGCAACAGAAUUAUCCUGCAGACGCGACAUCUGUCAGCCGCCGGUCGCUACCAGUCUCUUUUUGUCUGUCAAGCUCGGGACGGUGAAUUGACUAUUUGGCAAAAGAGCUCGAGAGAGCUUCUUGCUUUGUUCCAGCCUCGGGUUGAUGAUCAUUGGCAGCUCACCGACGAGUUUGGCUUCUUAGAGGCGCAAGGACACCAAAUCAUGAAGACGUUGAGGAUCAUCUGUAUGAUGCUGAUCACCAUGGGCGAGAUUUGA